UUAAAACCCCACAAACAAAACACACACCACACCCACCACUCUCUCCCUCCACUCCAACACUACGGCAGCUACUAAAGAUCACAGCUAAAGAGUUAAUCUACUGCUUGUUUCUUCUUCCGUUGUAUCUUUCUUAUAACGAGAGGAGGCUUAUUCAUGAACCACAUGUCUCCUCUCUCCUCCUCCUCCUCCUCCUCCGUCGUCGCUGUUGUCGUCGCCGUCUUUUUCUUCUGCUUCUUCUCCUCCUCUUUUGUUGCUUCUAGUGUUGGGAUUAGCAAUGCGGCGUGCCGCAACGCGACGAGGAAGAGAGCGGCGCCCGUCCGCCACGCGCUCUCGCCGAACUUCUACGGCGCGACGUGCCCGAACGUGGAGGAGAUCGUCGCGUCCGUCGCCGCCGCGCGCUACCGCGAGUGCCCGGCGGCGGGUCCCGCCACCAUCCGGCUCUUCUUCCACGACUGCUUUGUCGAAGGCUGUGAUGCGUCCAUUUUAAUUGCCCCGACAUCUGGUGGGGGCGCUACAGAGAAAGUGGAGCGGGACGUGGAGGAGAACAAGAAUCUGGCGCCGGAGGCGUUCGAGGUGGUGGAGAUUGCGAAGGCGGCGGUAGAGAGCAAGUGCCCCGGAGUGGUGUCUUGCGCCGACAUCCUCGCCAUUGCGGCACGGGAUUUUGUACAUCUGGCUGGCGGUCCCUACUACCCGGUGAAGCAGGGCCGGCGGGACAGCAAGGUGUCGCUGGCGUGGAAGGUCCGGCCGAACCUGCCGCGCGCCAACGCGACGGUCGACGACCUGCUGCGCCUCUUCCGGUUGAAGGGCCUGACGCGGCGCGACCUCGUGGCGCUCUCCGGCGCGCACACCGUGGGGUUCUCGCACUGCGACCAGUUCGUGGCCCGCCUCUACGACUUCCGCGGCAGCCGCGGCCCCGACCCGGCCAUGGACCCGCGCCUGCUGAAGGCGCUGCGCAUGUCCUGCCCCCACGCCGGCGGCAACGCGGACGUGGUCGCGCCCUUCGACGUGCGCACGCCGUUCGCGUUCGACCACGCCUACUACGCCAACCUGGAGGCCAAGAUGGGCCUGCUCGCCACCGACCAGGCGCUGUUCCUCGACGCGCGGACGCGGCCCGUCGUGCAGGAGAUGGGCAGGGACAAGGCGAGCUUCUUCGCGGCGUUCGCCGAGGGGAUGGAGAAGAUGGGGGAGAUUAGGGUCAAGAAGGGGAGGACGGGGGAGGUGAGGAGGCUGUGUAGUGAGAGCUUGCCCAUGAUAUAAAUAAAUAACAAAUAUUUAUUAAGACUUUUGUUUGAUUAAUUAAUAAUUGUGUGGGUUUGUUG